AUGCCGCAAGCCUCAUUUAGCGAAAUAGACAUGAAUGAUCCCACGACUUUGGCAUUCUACCGACAGUUGAUUAUUUUUGAACAUGACCAUUCGAGGCCGGAAGUGCUCUUUCCCAAUCCCUCAAAGGCAGAACAACGAGCCAUCCAAGCUCUCUCACACAGCUUGGAUCUGGUGUAUGAAUAUACGCUGCAGUCUAAAAGCGCAAGGGUCGUGAGACAGCUUUCUGAUGACGCGCAACCACCAUCCCCGAACCAGGAAGCUGAGCCUCGGGCCGCGGAGGAGUUCCAAGACCAGGACUUUGAUCUAUCUGGAUUCGACUUUUCUACAAGCCUGGAUGAAAUGCUCGCGGGUAUAUCAGAUGCUCCGCAUGGCAUUUGCGCCGAUGAGUCAACGGAGCUACCUUCAUUGAGACAGGAACCGUCUUAUUCACAGCCAACAUCCACUUGCGCGACCUUCCCAUCACAUUCGUCUCUAUCUGAGGCGUGCUAUUCCUCGUCUCCCUUCUGGGACCCCAUGCUGUGGGCCAGUCAAUCAUCUCCUGGGGAUUCUGGUAUCUCACCAGGUCUGGAACUUCCUUCGCUGAAUCCAGACAUCGCAUGUGCGGCAUCACAAUCAGUCUCACACGACCCCAUGCUAGCCGUCACAGUAAGUCCAUCAAACCUUGUUAAACAAAAGAUUGACCAGGCCCAUACACCCUCUCAGCGUGAACGCCAGCGUGCAUACCGGAUUGCAAAACUUGCUGGUCUAGAGCGUGUGUCGAGCACCAAAAGCGAAGCUGAAGGAUCCAUGGUUUUCAAUAACUCGGCUGAGGAUUUUAUUGAUGAACCAAGUUACAGUCUGCACCCAGGCGGGAGUAGGUCCGGUUCAGUCAGUAGCGUUCAAAGUCAUCGCAGUUGCCGCCCUCAAAGCCGAGUUCAGAAGAUUUUUCGACGACAGAGCAGUGUAAACAGCACUGCAAGCUCAGGUUAUCGGGAGAUCAUUUUCGAUUCCAGUUCUACGCAUUCAGCUGGUAGUGGAAGCUCAUUUGGAUCUGCGGCUUCUGGCCGGCGUACACCACUCUCAGAAAUUGCACGUGCUGGCUAUAACAUCAUGAGAAAAGUUGGUGCAUGCUGGAGAUGCAAGUUCCUCAGAAAAACAUGUGAUCCACGAUCACCGUGUGCCAUGUGCCCCAAAAAGAGCAGUCAACAUGGGUGGAUGGCAGUGGGUUGCCAACGCGGCUCCUUCGAAGCCAGAGAAUACCUCUGCCUGGCACGGACAGCAGAAUCUGAAUAUGAGGACCUAUCAGGGUAUGACCUGAGCGAAGCCGAUGUGGAUUUGCUGAACAGAUUUCAUUCGUCAGGAAACGAACAGCGAACCAAAGACCUAGCUGAGAUCAAGAAGGCGGGGCCUAGACUCGCGAAAUACGACUGCUUCCAGGACACUCCUUUGUGUGAAUUGGUUAAUGAAGUUAUUGGACAGUUAUGCAACUCGGAGGGAGACCUCGCCAACUUUACGCCCAUUGAUUAA